AUGGCACCUCCAACUUUGUCUUCUCUUUUGAAACAGUUAGAUGUUCACUCAAGUCAAAAUGAACAUGUUGACGUCGAAACUACUUGUAUUGCGUUGUUAGAUGGAGGUUGUACUAAUAAAACUCAGGUAUUAAAAAACUUGUUGGUUUCCUUAAUUAAACAAGAUAAAUAUCAAAGGGCAUUUAACCAAUUGAAUAAGUAUAAAGAUGAUAAGGUAGAUUUAAAUGAAAUGAUCAUGGAAAUUGGUUACAUUUACUAUAAGAUUAAUAGAUUUGAGGAUUUUGAGAGGUUGGGAAUAUACGAAAGGGUUAAAGAUAAUGUUAAUAAGGACUCAUUAGAGAGGGGGUUAAGUCAUUUAUAUGCCCAAUAUGCUUUAAAAAAUUCGAAUACAAAUUCAAGAGCAUAUGAGUUGUAUAGAAGUUUAAUAAAGACUAAUAACUCUGGAGGUUUGGAUAAUCCAAUUGAGUUGGCUUGUAAUGAAAGAGUUCCAUUGGCAUCCAAUCCACAUCUACAAGAAAAACUUCCAUUGGUAUCUGAAUCUAAUCCAGACUCAUAUGAUUUAUUAUUCAACGAUUCUAUGAUUUUAACUUCAAGGGGUCAAUAUUUGGAUGCUAUUGAAUUAUUAGAAAAAAGUUUACAAAUGGCAAUUGAGGAAGAUUAUGAAAAUGACAUCUUUGCUAUUCAAUUACAAUUGUCAUAUGUUUAUCAAUUGUUAGGUGAAAAUGGUAAGUGUAAGGAGAUUUUAAAACCUUUAAUAAAUAGAAUAUCAGCAGAUAAUCCACUAUAUUUAAUUGCAAAGAUUAAUUAUAUGGCAUUGCGGGAUUUAUCUAAAUAUGAAGAUAAUUUUAAUUUGAUUCUAAGAGAGUUAAAUUUUGAAAGAAUUCAUUCAUUAGUUUCUAAAUAUUUUACAUACCCACAAAACGUUUUAUUGAAAAGAAACUACCAGAUGUUGAAGUUAUACAGUAAAUCAACCAGUAAACCAAAUAGUAAUUCUUUUAAUUAUGUGAAUGUUUCUAAGUUGUAUGGUGCUAUUAUUGAUGAUAUCAUAUAUGAACCUUUCAGAACUCAAGCUAAAAUAUUGUACCAUAAAUGUCUUGAAAAGAAAAACGAAUUCUACACAAAUUCUUUAGUCUUUGGUUUAUUAAUCUUAACUAUACAGAUGUUAUACAAGGAAAAGCAGUAUGAGAAUGCAAUUAGAUUAUGUGAAAUAUAUUUAUCACAAGAUAAAUUUUUGACAAAUAAUCGUUUAUCCAUCUUUAUCUAUUAUAUAAUUUUCCAAUUAUAUGACAUCACGGAUAAGGACUAUAUGAAGGAGCAAUUAUUAAAUAAAUUAAUGGAUAAUUGCAAAUUGACAGAUUAUAAUUUAUGGAGAUAUAUUGGUUUCCAAUACUUAAACUUAGACCAAAUCGGCAAAGCCAAAAAAAUUUUCUUAGAAAAGAUGGAGAAUAACGAGAAUGAUGCUUUGAUACAAUCUGUAAUCAAUGAAGAACAAUUUGAUAUAGACAAAGCAGCUUCGUUAGUCUCUGAUGUCGAUGUUGGAAGGUUAAUUCAGUUGAACAUUAAGCCAUUCGAAUCAAUUGUAGAUAAAAGCAAAAGUAAUUUAAAUAAACAUAAUAAGAUUCUUAAACAUAAAUUGAAGACAAAAAAAGAGAAAAGAAAGGCACAAAAACUUAAAAAAUUCCUAGCUAAACGUAGUGAUUCAAUUAAUUUGAAUAAUAAACCAGAUCCAGAGAGAUGGUUACCAUUAAGAGAUAGAUCAACAUAUAAACCCAAGAAAAAACAGUUAUCCAAACAGACACAGGGUGGUACAAUGAAUAAGAAAUCGGAACAAACGUUUGAUAUUACAAAGAAAGGUACCAAUAAUAAUAAGAAGAAGAGCAAAAGUAAGGGGAAGAGCAAAGGUAAAGGCAAAAAAUGA